AACAACUAAUAGGAGGGAAAAUGCCUAGUGGGUCCCUCCACAACUUGAAAUCCGUGCAGCUAGACGGAUGUGACUCUAUCCGAUGCAUUGCCAAAGGUGAUACGGUCACAUUAUUACAAAACUUGCAAGCACUUCGCACGAGAUCUUGUAGUGGGAUGGAAUCCCUUGUUGACUUUGAGGGUCUAAAAAUUCGUAAUACGCUAUCAAAAAAGGGACUCGAAAUUCUCCCCAAACUUGAGUCGCUGGACUUGGAUUUCUGUCCAAGAUUAACCCACAUUUGGAGUAAUUUUCCUGAAGGGGUUCGAGUAUUCCAAAACUUGAGAAGUCUAGAUGUGAGAAACUGUCCUUUAAACUGUUUGUUUCAUCCUCCUAGUGUGGCCACCAUGCUCAUAAGUCUUGAGGAACUAGAAGUUCAUUGGUGCUUGAAAAUGUGUGAAGUUAUAGGUGAGGAAGAUGAAGAGGUCUGCCAAGAAGAUAAUGCUCGGCAUCAUGAUGUUGGAAAACGUAGAGAAAUUGCACCGGGAAGAACUAGCAAGGAGUUCGUGUUUCCUAGAUUAAGUUUUUUGCGGUUGGAUUGCCUUAACAAUAUUCGAAGCUUUGGUGGUAGUCAUCGGGACGAUUAUGAGUUUAAAUUUCCCCUACUCACGACAUUGAUCAUAAGUUAUUGCCCAAAGUUGAAGAAAUUCUGUUCUGGAAAUUUGGAUGCACCGUUGCUUAAGAAAGUUCAAACAACGCCGAAUGACAUAAAGAAUUUUGAAGCUCCCGUGGAUUUAAAGGAUCGAGAGAUUUGUCCUUAUUAUUGACACGAUUAUCUGCAUAUUAAGAAUGUUGUGGGAACCAUCAAGUUCAUCGAAUAAUGUGGUCUAGUUACCAUAGCAUAGAUGGCGA